GCGGCGAAGCCUGGGCCGAAACGCCGGCCGUCCGGCGGCCAGUGACUAAGCGGCUCGCCGUCCGCGUGUCUCGGGGCACCGGUCGGAAGAGUCCAAACGGCGAGACUGGUGACAAACUUAAGGUGACAGGUGGCGGCUGGCGGAAGACCGUAGGGUGCUGGCCGAGAGUCUGCGGGUCGACAACACGAGGAACUCCAGAGAGGCCCGGUGGCCGGGCGUAAGGAAUUCACUGAUCCGGUUCUUCAGACGGUGAACCCCCGGAGAGACCGGUUCGACAAACGCUGGAAGAACAUCCAGGAAAUUUGAGCCAACGAUGGCGCAGCUCGGUGGCAGCGCUCUCUGGCUGGUAUUGUAUUCCGUCACAAUACUGUUCAAAGUCAGCCAUGGCGACGACACGUUUCAAAUGUGCGAAAUCAAAUGCUGCACGUUCAAACCAAACUGCAACAAGGCAUCCUCUGCGAACUGCAAGUGCCCAGGAGAGACGAUCUUACUAUCGCAAGGCGAAAUACCAAUGUCGAUUGAGCGCAUUUCGGUAUCCAACACAUCGCAGGUCAUCAUCUUCAAAAACGCCAUCUAUAGCAUGCUCUAUUUGAAGACGCUGAAGUUCAAGGAUUUGGAGCGGUUAGAAAUAUGGACAGAUGGAUUCAACCUGCAAAGCAAUGCUAGUUGUCUCGAACUUCGAAUUGAACGAGUAAAACGUCUUCGUGCAAAGGAUUCGGCUUUUUCUGGGCACUGGUGCGGCGAAACCACUAUUUCCAUCCAAACCAUUGACAGAUUCAUCAUUUCACGGAAGGCUUUCAGGUUUCAGGCAAGCAAACGCGGACCCCGUGUAGAAUUGAAGAGCGUCGGCCAGCUCAAGGCGGCUGAAGAGACGUUUGCGGCAACUAUCGGCCAGUUGUCCCUGAUGAAUGUUAGCAUGGUGGAUUGGUGCCCAUCGAAUUGUUUUGGUGGAAACAUCUCCGAUCUCGAGAUGGUACGCGUGAAGAUCCCCAAAGCUGAGGCGAAGUGCGUGGACGCAGAAAGCGGGUGGGUAAAGCUUGCUAUUCUCUCUGUUGAGAUUUUAAGCGUCUCUUCAUCGGCCUUCUGCGGGGAUGUCCGAGAAGUAGUCAUUGCCAACACCAACUUCACAGACAUUCAGAGUUCAGGUUUCAAUAUGGCUGUUAAGAACCUGAAAAUCCAUUCCUCAAGCUUUAAGGAUAUAGCAACCGACGGUCUGAGUGUAACGGCUGAACAAUCAAUCCGGUUAGAGAGCCUGAGCGUUGAUAGGCUUCGCCGGCAUGCACUCAGAGGUCUACGCAUCAGCAAUAGCUCCGUGGGUCAAGUUCGUCCGCUGAUCAUCCGUAAAUUCCGCAUUGCGUCAAGACCGGAGCACAGAGCCCUGGAGUUCGCGACAGGCCUGAGGGUCUGCAUGGAAGGUCUCGACAUCAUCGGCUCGUCGCCAAUGUGUCCGGCAGAGGAGUGGACGCGGCAGCUGGUGGGCGCGGGCCCAGCUGACCAGCUCAGCCAGCCGCAGCGCCAGGUGCUCCUGCAGCUCCACGACAAAUGCCCAGCUGACGACGGAAACCAUUCCUCGACUGCCAGCGUCGACCCCAGCUGUGUCGGCGUCUUCCACGGGUCCGCGGGGGAGGACAGCCUGCGCUGGCUGGCGCUGUAUGGCGGUCUCGGAGUGCUGCUGGCGCUGGUGCUGGCGCUGGCGCUGGUGGCGGCGGUCGUCGUUCGUCGCGAGAGACACCGCGCCAUGUCGGCCUGUGCAAAGCCCCUCUCAGUCUCUCUCAGCUCAAUCAGUGAACACAAAAGAGAUGAAUCAGGGAGGGAGGUGGCCGGCCACUGUGAAACAGCGGCACGCGAUAACACGUCCGCGGAGAUCGGGGAGAGCCUUCUCACGCCACCCGCUGAGGGACAUCCUGACAAAGGCCGCGGUCAUGGUGCUGACCAGUCAGGAGUGAUCCCCCGCUCUGGAGAGGCGACGAGUGACGACAUGUACGCCGAGGUUCGAGAGUCAUACUCCUUGCCGUUUUCAGGUGGUAACGAGUGUUCAAGCGGGUCUGACGGCCAGGCGAGAGGCGCGUCCACAGCACGAGAUCACCAAAGUGACGCUGCAGCGGAUGACGACAUGUACGCUGAAGUCCGGGACAGUUUCAUCCCAUCGCCGGCAGCCGGCUCUGUGUCCCAUGAAGGCUGGCCGCUGUCGCCGAGGGCCUCGGCUGAAGCCCCAUAUCCACCAGCUCUCUGGCAUCAACCCGUUUCCGUGCAGGACGUGGUGGACAAUGAACUGUACGUUGCGUAUGAGCAGCCAGCACCGUAAACACGGUCCAGGUGGCGCCACCAGCAUCGCGGCGGCGUGGACGGAAGUGGCGUGGACCGGCUGUGACCGAUCUACCAUGAAGUUCGGCGCGUGAUGUUGUGGACUUUUUACAAAGGUUGUUGCUUCCGCACGUGGCAGUGGUGAAAGCUCCUAGCCACGUGCAUGCAUGCAUGCCACGUGAAAUGUGCAUUAGUGCAUGCCACGUGAAAUGUUUGAAUGUGUGCGUAUCGCGCGGCUCAUUUGCAUAUAAAAAUUGUAGGCAGGACAAUAUAUUGUUUGUGCAUUGCACGAGUACAUAAUACCCCAAUCA